AUGGUCACGUGACCCGCGUCUAGUCAGCUGUUUCCGGGUCACAGGUCAUUCCUUUCUCCAUCAUGGCCGCCUCCAUGUGCGACGUGUUCGCCUUUUGUGUGGAGCCGGAGCCGGCCCGGCGGGCGGUGGAGAUCCGCUUCAUCAACAGCGGCAAGGGGAGGGGUCUGUUCGCCACCCGCAGUAUCAAGAAGGGAGACCUCAUAUUCCAGGAGAAGCCGCUGGUGUCAUCUCAGUUCCAGUGGAACGCGCUGUACAGAUACAGAGCCUGCGACCACUGCCUGCGAUCUCUGGAGACUGCGGAGAAGAACGCCCAGCGGCUCUCUGCCAAUGUCCACGUCACCCUCCCCUACCCAGAACUCUGCACUGUCCAGAAUGGUCUGCACCAGCAGUGCCCCCAGUGCCAGGUGUCAUACUGCAGCGCCGAGUGUCUCAGAGCCGCCAGGGAACAAUACCACCAGGUCCUGUGUCUGGGGUCCUCCCGGGAGAGCCCCGCACAUCCCCUCAAUAAACUGGAGGAAGCCUGGAGGAACAUACAUUACCCACCCGAGACCGCCAGCAUCAUGCUCAUGGCCAGGAUGGUGGCCUCUGUCAAGCAGGCCAAGGACAAGGACUGGUGGCUGCAGCUCUUCGCUCAGUUCUGUAACAAAACGGCUAAUGAGGAAGAGGAGAUCGUCCACAAACUGCUGGGGGACAAGUUUAAGGGACAGCUGGAUCACCUGCGCCGACUCUUCAUGGAGGCUUUAUAUGAGGAGAGAGUCAGCCGGUGGUUCACCCCAGAAGGCUUCCGCUCCCUCUUUGCUCUGGUUGGAACCAAUGGGCAGGGGAUUGGCACCAGCUCGCUCAGUCAGUGGGUUCAUGCGUGUGACGCCCUGGAGCUCCCCCCGGAGGAGAGAGAGCGGCUAGACGCCCUGAUAGACCAGCUAUACAAGGACAUAGAGAAAGAGACCGGGGAGUUCCUGAACUGUGAGGGCUCCGGGCUGUACAUGCUGCAGAGCUGCUGUAACCACAGCUGUGUGCCCAACGCCGAAGCUUCAUUCCCCGACAAUAACUAUCUGCUGCAUCUUAUCGCUGUAGAGGAUAUCAAGGCGGGGGAGGAGAUCUGUAUUAGUUAUUUGGAUUGCUGUCAGAGGGAGCGGAGCAGACAUUCCCGCCAUAAGACCCUCAGGGAGAACUACCUGUUUGUCUGCACCUGUCCUAAGUGCCUGUCGCAGUCUGAGGACCCGGACGUGACCUCCGAGGAGGAGGAAGAGGACGACGCCGAGCUGGAGGAUGAGAUGACGGACGUGUGACACAAGCCGCCUCCCACCUAGAGAAAACCCCGCCCAUUCUCAACAGUCCAGCACUUGAAUUGGCUUUGCCUGUUACCACGGGAACACCGUUCGCAUCUGACCACUAAACUUUUAUACAUGAACUCCGCCCUCUGGCCCGGACCUCCGAGUGCUGCAUGGACCCCCCUCCCUCCCCCCGAUAAACAUUGUCAUUCAUACUGGUCACUUGUGAUAACAUUUUAUAGGAUUGGCAAACGAAAUACUAAAUUAUUUAUAUACAGCUCUCCGGCAA